AUGGCGCCUAGCAAGUACGCCAUUCAGUGCGACAAGGAGCACUCCAUCACUUCGUUGAGGGAAGUUACCCAGCGUAUCGAGCACACUCUCCCCUCCAAACGAUCUUUCAAGCAGAGAGCCUCAGAGUUCCGAGACAAUUGUGACAAGGACUUUGUCUUCGACUCCAUCCACGGAAUCGGCUUCUACAAGGGGCAUCCGGAGCUGCUGCCCACGGGGCAGCUGAGCCUGAACGUGGGCCCAUCCUUUGUGCAAGUCUUCGAUGACAUGGGGAGAGCUUCCACUCCUGAUGGCGUCUUGAAGGUGCACCUCAAAUGCCGCAUCGCGGGAAUGUUCCCAGAUUCCGAGUUCAACCCGAUAUCGGCCAAGAUGGACAUCGUCGUGAUGGAUUCCACAUGCUGGGUCGAGGAGACGAUUCCCUGCGCCACCGAGACGAAAAGAAUCAAGGAGUGCUCUUCCAUGACCACAUGCGUGCACGUGGAUGCCCAGACCUGGUUGGAGAGAGGCACCUACUGCCCCGUGGGCUAUGACGUCGAUCGUGGCAGCAUGACUUACCUCAAGGAGGGCAAGACUCCCAAGGAGAACAUCUAUCUGCGAAAGUUCAAGGACGGACUUGACGACGUGAUCGAGAGCUGCGGGGAGGGCAAGUGGAUGCUCCAGGAGAAGCACGCGGAUGACUUCCAGAGCCCAGGUAAAGGCGUCUUCCAGUUUGCAGGCCCCAUCGUCGGUUGCCGGGUGACAAGCGUGAGCUUCACGGGCCUGCCCUGCCAGCAGCCCGGGAACAUCACGGAGGAGGAGGUGGACGUCCAGCCAAUGGUCCUGGACGACCCGAACACGCGCGCUCCCGCGGAUUACUGGCUCCAUCCCUGCGACUGCGCUGGAAAGGACUGGGGCGACAAUAUGCCGGUUGAUCCUGCAGUGUUUGCCCUGCUACCGCCAGAAUCACCGGAUGACUUCAUUCCGUCUCCACUUGACCUGGUGGUAGGGCAGUUUGUCUGCCCGCCUGGCUCCAUGAUUGGCGACGGCCCCAUCUAUGAGACGGAAACCCAAUCUGCUGAGAUGGGCGAUUGCGAGCUCCAGUGCAAGAACGACGAGGACUGCCAUUUCUUCUGGCAUGGCAAACAGCUCUCGACUCCAACUUGCAGGCUGUACUCCGCCUGCGAGCAUCUCCUCCGGGAGCCGGGCCUCGAAGGAGUCCUGAAAGCUGUGCCAAAGUCUCCGCUCUGCAUGGUCAGCAAUCCAGAGGCCUGCUGGUCCACGAGGCUGCGGCGCUAUGCGCUGACUACCUCGGUGCCACAGGGCUACGAGUAUUGGAACCUUCAUGCAGAGUGCGACUAUAUGUUGCUGCUAGGAGGAUGGGGUGUUCAAUCAUGCACGCGGCCAUCACUCCGUGAGUUGAAGAGCCAUGAAUGGCAGCACAAGAGGCAGCUUCCCCUGGAGUUCAAGCACGGCACGAAGCUGGAGGUGACUGGUGAAGCGUGGGCAAGUUGA